AUGAGCACGGAAACGCUCGAUGCUCCUCCACCAUCUGCUUCCGGUUCUAACGCCGCCAGCCAGAAAAUGCCAGCGAUGGGAUUCGAAGAGCGGCUCAGGCGCAUGUGUGAUCGAGCCAGGCAGAUUGACGAGGCGGCGGGGAAGGGCAUGUCUGACAGCGAGAAGCAGCAAUGCCUGGAGGAGCAGAGGGAGGAGGUCGAAGCUCUGCGGUCCAUUUUUGACUCCGACUUUGAGCCCAUUUGGCUCGCAUCCUCCUCCUCCUCCUCCCCGUCCUCACCCACCUCCUCCUCUGCUCCUGAAGAGGCGGCCGCCUCGAGUUUCACAACCUCGCCGUACAACUGCGUCAUGAUUGACAUCUGCAUCACAAUACCCUCGCCCAUGCUCGUGGUCCCCUCGCCUCCUUCUGCCACUGCUUCCUCUUCCUCGACCUCUUCUUUCAACCCCUCCUCCUCCUCCUCCUCCUCCUCCUCCUCCUCCUCCUCCUCCUCCUCCUCCUCCUCCUCCUCCUCCUCCUCCUCCUCCUCCUCCCCCCAACCCUCCACCACCACCACCACCACCUCUCCCGACUCCCCUCUCCCUCGUCCGUUCCUCAUCUCACAUCUCCCCCCUCUCCGCCUCCUCGCCCUCCUCCCCCACACCUACCCCUCCGCCUCCCCACCCCUCUUCGCCCUCUUCUCCUCCUGGCUCUCCCAUGCCCAGCUGGCGCGCCUCUGCGCCCAGCUGGACGCCACGUGGCAGCAGCAGAGUGGCCUGGUCGUGCUGUACACGUGGGCAGCGUGGCUUGGCGAGGAGACGCUGGGAUGCCUUGGGAUUGACGUAGGAGGAUACUGCAGGGCAGUGUACGAGGGCAUGUCUCUGCAGGACGACCUGGCUCUUCUGAAGCGGUGGAGCAAGGAGAUGGACGACCGGGUGUUCCGAGCAUCCCUCCAUGCGUGCGCCAUCUGCUUCUCUGAGAAGCCCGGGACGGAGUGUGUGCGUGCCGCGUGCACACACGCGUUCUGCACGGCGUGCAUGAGGGCGUUUUCAGAGGCGCACGUGGCUGAGGGCAAUCUGCAGGCGCUCAAGUGCCCUGACACCAAGUGCCGUGCUCCCCUCUCCUACGAUCUCCUGCGCACACUCCUCCCUGCUGACCUUUUCUCUCGCUGGGAGCAGCUCACUCUCCAGCGCACCCUAGACGCCAUGCCAGACAUUGCCUUCUGCCCGCGCUGCUCCCAGCCGGCAGUGGAGGACCCAUCAGACCACCACGCGCUGUGCCCCGGGUGCUUCUUCUCCUUCUGCGGGAUGUGCCGCGAGGGGUUUCACCAAGGCAGGAGCUGCAUCACUCAGGAGCUAGCUCUUAAGUUGAUGAAGCUGCGGAAGCAGGAGCGGGCGCUGGCAGAGGAAGAGCUGAGGAAGCAGAAGGACCUUGAGCAACAAGUACUUAGCCUCAAGCUGGUGGAGGAGUUGAGUGUGCCAUGCCCCGUGUGCAGCACGGCCAUCAGCAGGAGCGAGGGGUGCAACAAGAUGAUCUGUCCCACCUGCAACGCCUUCUUCUGCUACCGCUGCCGCGCGCGCAUCGACGGUUACGACCACUUCACGGAGGGCAAGUGUGUGCUGUUUGAGGCGGCGGAGAUAGAGCUGUGGGAGAUGCAGAUGGCAGCCAUGGGUGGAGCACAGCGCCGCAACCAUCGAGCCGCGCCGGCGCCGGCGCCGCCCAUCGGAGCGGAUGGCAGGCCGCUGCUUGCGAGGCGCUGCCCCAAUUGCCGUCUAUUCAAUUAUAAGGUAAGCAUUUGA